CCUGAGGCGGCUGCAGCACGGACGGCUGCCGCGGGCGCGGGGUGGGCCGGCCUGCGCGUGGGUUUGGAGGGAGCUGUCUGCUCCGGCACUGGAGCGUCCGGCCGCGGAGGGAGGAAGAGGAGGACUACCGGGAGGAGGUAGAGGCGGAGGAGAGCCACGCACCGAGCUCGCGCGAGCAGGACUGGCCCCUUUCACAGACCGCCGCGGAGAGGGGGAGGAGGCUCCGCCGAGGCCAGCGAGCGGGCGCCUCUCCUCGCCGGGUGCCGGUUCCAUCCCGGGGCAGUGCCUUCCAGCAAACGCUGCAGCGGCCAGACGGAUGCCAGGGCCACACGGCCGGCGCGCGGGUAGCCGCCGUCCCACGCGGGCUCCGGGCGCCCGGGGCUGCUGAUGAAGUGAUUGAGAAGAAAGAGUGAACAUCUUCAUUUUGUAAACAGGACAACAUGGACCAGCCAUUUACUGUGAAUUCUCUGAAGAAGCUAGCUGCUAUGCCUGAUCACACAGAUGUUUCCCUGAGCCCAGAGGAGCGAGUGCGUGCCCUAAGCAAGCUCGGUUGCAACAUCACCAUCAGUGAAGACAUCACUCCACGCCGCUACUUCAGAUCAGGAGUGGAGAUGGAGAGAAUGGCGUCUGUGUAUUUGGAAGAAGGAAACUUGGAAAAUGCCUUUGUUCUUUAUAAUAAAUUUAUAACCUUGUUUGUAGAAAAGCUUCCUAGCCACCGAGAUUACCAGCAAUGUGCAGUCCCGGAAAAGCAGGAUAUUAUGAAGAAACUGAAGGAGAUUGCAUUCCCAAGGACAGAUGAAUUGAAAAAGGACCUUUUAAAGAAAUAUAAUGUAGAAUAUCAAGAAUAUUUGCAAAGCAAAAACAAAUACAAAGCUGAAAUUCUCAAAAAACUGGAGCAUCAGAGAUUGAUAGAGGCGGAGAGGAAGCGGAUUGCUCAGAUGCGCCAGCAGCAGCUGGAAUCGGAGCAGUUUCUGUUUUUUGAAGAUCAGCUCAAGAAGCAAGAGUUAGCCCGGGGUCAGAUGCGAAGCCAGGAGAGCCCGGCGCUGUCAGAGCAGAUUGAUGGGAGUGCUUUGUCCUGCUUUUCCACGCACCAGAACAAUUCCUUGCUGAAUGUAUUUGCAGAUCAGCCGAAUAAAAGCGAUGCAACCAGUAUUGCCAGCCACUCUCCUCCAGUGAACCGGGCCUUAAAGCCAGCUGCUACUCUAAGUGCCGUGCAGAAUUUAGUCGUUGAAGGGCUGCGAUGUGUAGUUUUAUCAAGAGAUCUUUGCCAUAAAUUUCUGCAGCUGGCAGAAUCCAAUACCAUGCGAGGCAUAGAAACCUGUGGCAUCCUCUGUGGAAAGCUGACACAUAAUGAAUUUACGAUUACUCAUGUAAUUGUGCCAAAGCAGUCUGCAGGGCCAGACUAUUGCGACAUGGAGAAUGUCGAAGAAUUAUUCAGUGUUCAGGAUCAGUACGACCUUCUCACUCUGGGAUGGAUCCAUACACAUCCCACCCAAACUGCAUUCUUAUCCAGCGUUGAUCUUCACACUCACUGCUCCUAUCAGCUCAUGUUGCCAGAGGCUAUUGCCAUCGUAUGUUCACCAAAGCAUAAUGACACUGGCAUCUUCAGGCUCACCAAUGCUGGUAUGCUUGAGGUUUCUGCUUGUAAAAAGAAGGGCUUUCAUCCACACACCAAGGACCCCAGGCUGUUCAGUAUAUGCAAACAUGUGCUGGUAAAGGACAUCAAAAUAAUUGUGUUGGAUCUGAGGUGAUGUGUUCUGAACAUAAGCACCAUCAACACCUUACUUCUGCCCCAUGGACAUAUGGUUGCUGGAUUUUCUUAAGAUGUUUCCAGAAAUGACUGCUAUUUUAUAUUUAUACAUUUUAGAUCAGAAAGUUUGAUAUUUAUUGCUCUUGCAUAUUUUGAUGUUUUCUUUUGGGCUUUCUCUGUCUCAAGAGAGGUCACAUGGUAUAAAAUCAGUACCUAUCAGUGUGCCCAAAUCCUACAACCUGAUAAUAAAUUGUGCUGCAAACAAUAUAUAUCUGAUACAGAAGUCUCUGCAUAUGGUCUAGGAGCUUCAGAUGUUUCACGGUAUUUUUGUUCAUUCAUGUAAAAUGUAUUUCCAAGCAAGAAACUCUGAAUACUGGUAAUCUGAUGUUCUUACUACAGCCUUUCCCUGUGUGAGAAGGUAAGCAGUUUCCUGUGUGAGAGGAGGGAGUGACUGCGAUGGGUGGAGUCCAUCCUGUGCUUUCAGUGUUGACAAACCCCAGGCUGGGUGUAUCAUAGAGAUUCAUAGGAACAGCAGGGUUUGACUCAGGGAUCAGGUGUCAGAGGGCCUGGAGCAGCAGAUGAGUCACGAAAACUAGAAACAGAGAUAAUUGAGAGAGGAAUAAAACAAGGCUCAAUUUUCAAAAAGAACUGCCAGUUGAUAAGUCACACUAGGUAAUACAUUUCAACUUAUGGAAGAACAGUCUUCUGGGAAGAAAAGGUUUUUUAAAAUGAAAGUUAUAUAUUUUGAUAAUGUUGCUUUAUGAUUAUAAUGUAAUAAAUGUUAUAAUAUUUUUAUAGUUAAUUAUUUCUUUUCCUUUUAUUUAAAAGGCAGAGAGACAUACAGAGAUCCUCCAUCUGCUGGUUCAAUCCUCAAAUGCCUGCAUCAGCUGAGACUGAACCAUGCUGAAGUCAGGAGCCUGGAGCUCCAUUGCAGCAUCUCUUGGGGGUGGCAGAGACUCGGUUAGUUGAGCCGUCACCUGCUGUCUCCAAAGUGUGCACGUUAGCAGGAGGCUGAAUCAGAAGCAGAGCCAGGACUUAAAUCAGGCACUCCAAUAUGGGAUGCAGGUGUCCCAAAUGAAGACUUAACUGCACACCAAAUGCCCAGUGCUAUUUUUAUAUUUAAAGGAAUUCAUAAAAACUAUAUUCCUGAAUUUGUUUGAAUAAUCAAAGAAAAGCCAGAGAAAUGGAAAACAUGAAGAAAUCCAGGAGAGGGAACACAAUUUAGGAAGGAAGUUUAUUAUCCUCUAAUGGUGUGUCAGUGUGGCUUGUCAGAACUCAGAGUAGGGGUAGGACGAACAGAGAAUGAGAGAAAAACAGAGAAGGACCCCAGAGAAGGGCAAGUAGGCUAAGAGUCUUGCAGACUGGCCUUAUUGAAAGUUUUCUUUUGAAGUAAAUGCCUUGGCACUAUCCAGGCCAUGAGACCUUCUAAACCCAAAUGGAAAUACUUAGAGUUUCCCUCUUCAUCAAGCAGAAUUGUUUACCAAUCUAUGUCAGGUAAACAAGAGUUGAGAGUGAAAAACCAAAGGUAUUUGCUCAGAUUAGUCAUUGGGUGGUUCUGGAUGUCCCAGUGGAAUGAAUGGUGAAUCCAUAUUCCCAAGUCUGAAGACAACAUUCAAAAUUUCCUCUCUGUAUUUUUCUAGGAGAUAAUGUGUUUACAAGUGGCUCCAAAAAUGAGUUCUGUUCUCUUCCCAUGUAAAGGCCAAUGAACAAAGAGAGAAAAACAAACAACUGGAAGAUACCUGCUCUGUUCCUGUGGGAAAUUUAGUGACUUUACCUACAGAAAUGAUUUGUGAACUAAGUGAUUUAGAAAACUCCUUUCAGCAAUAAAAUUUCAGCACUGAU